AUGCCGUCCUCACCGGCGGAACAGCCGCAGCGCACGUCGGCGACAGGUCCCCAUCGCCGUAGCAGCAAGGCAUGCGAAACAUGUCGUGUCCGCAGGAUCAAGUGCUCCGGGCCCCCGCCAUGCCAGGGCUGUAUCGCUGCGGGACUGGGCAGUUCGUGUGCUGUGCGUCUCAAGGCCAGACCCAAGCGUGCACCCUCGGCCAAGCUGUUUGCGCGUCUGAGCAACAAUGGCGGAACGGGGGCGGCCCCCUCGGUGGACGCCGGACCGUCCGGAUCGGCGCCGACGCUCCCGCCAAGCAUGUCCCACAUGAGAGAUGAAGGGACGCGGACAGUGUACAGGAAGCGUAACCCACUCGACGAGGUGGAGGGUGCGCUCGCUAUCUGGUGUGCAAACAAGGGUGUGCCCUUCUCCCAACUCGUGUUCAAGGUCGACACUCGCCUCGCCGGCCUGCCUUCGACGGCCUUGCCGCCACCCAACUUGUUGCGUGACUAUGAAGACGGCUUGAUUGAGACAUUCUUCAAUUCGCCAGAGUAUCUAGACCGUCACACCGACCACCGCGAGACGAUCCGGUCCCUGUUUGCUCGUUACCGUGCAGUUCCGGGAAGCUUGACAGAGGACCAACGUGCGCUUGUCUAUGCCAUCUUGUGUAUGGCUCGGUACCUCCAGAUCAAGUCCAACAUCAACGCCGGGACACCGCACGCGACCACCGAGGCCACGCGCGAGGACGUUACGUACUACCACAUGGGUUACGAUGCCUUGGCCACUUGGGCUCGGCCUUCGUUGACUGCUAUAUGGGCCCUCUUCUACCUCGUUCCUUACACCCUUGGGAUGGGCGGCUGGGCCGAGACCAAGGACCUCCUUCAGCAGUGGGCGUGGCAGAUCAAGGAGCUCGGCUUGCACCGCCAGGACACGGCCUCGCUGUACGCACCGCACGAGGUCGGACAGCUGUUCUUUGCCUACUUCUACACGGACAUUCUCCGCGCGUCCAUGACAGACCUCCGCCCCUUACUCCCUCUCACCGAAAUCGACGUCGACCCAACUCCAAGUGACAAGGAGUGGGCGUCCUUCCAGAGCCGCGUGUCAGACUUCAACACUCGGUUCCUUGCCGAUUUCAACGAUCCGACAGUGGACACUGGCGCGAUGGACUAUGCGGCCGCUGCAGAGUCGACCUGGUUCGGAUACGUUCGUGAACUGAGGCACUCGAUGCCUGCCGACGUCCCACGUGCCAAGAUUUCCUGGGCACAGUUCCGUUACAACUGGCUCCGCAUUCUCUUGUAUAUCCCACUCAUCAACAACCCGCCAUACCAGCCGGUGGCCUUUGGCAUGAUCACGCGUGCCGUUUCGCAAAUCUUCCAGUCGUACAGCGACCUCGUGGCGAUUGGCAACCUCAAUCCCAGUUGGCCGCAGCUGCAGCGCUUGGUCGUCUGUGGCCAGCUGCUCAUCCUGUGCCACGAGGCAGGUGAACUGCACCGCCGCGAAGCGACGCUCCUCUUCCAGAUGCUCCUCGAGUUUCUCGAAAAGCACCUCGACACGUGGCCCACAUGUGCCGAGCUCAUUCUUGGAUACCAGGCUGUGGCCAAGGCGUUUGAUAUUCAUCUUACCCCCGAUUUCGAGUUGCCGACCCUCGGUGACGACCCGGUGUUUGCGCUUCACGAGGUCCACCAGUGGCCGCUGAUCCCGUAUGGGUUGGACCUGGACUUUGACCUCACCCUGUUUCCUUGA